AUGAUGAUUUUACAACACUGUGCGGUGUGUGCUGGACUCGCAGAUGCUCCCAAAACUGACAAAUCCGACCCCAGAGCGGCAAUCAUAAAGCUCGUUUUGCUUGCCGUUUUGGCUUUUUCUGCCGGCUGCCACGCCAAAGUGGUACAGCAUAGUCAGACGAAAGCGCAACUGGACAUGGUCAAAGAUGCCUUUUGGGACUACAUCGCUAAGGCGUCAUCCACGGCAGAGGACUCACUGGCGCUGAUUAAACGGUCGGAUUUCGGAAAGGAAAUCAACACUUUGAUCGCCAGCGGCGGCGACGCCAUCACUAGAUUGACGGACGUCCUGGGCUCUCACGUCAACACGUCGGGCUUCUCAGAACGAAGCCGGCUCCUGAAAAGCCGUCUGGAGAAGGAUCUGGAAUCCGCCGUGACACACUUGCGACCUUACGCUGACGAAUUUGCCGCUCAUUUCCUCCAACAGCUGGAGGAACUGAAAAAAGAAGUGUCCUCUUACGCCAAAAGCGCCCACUCGGGAGCGCUUGAGUCGGUCCUGCUCGGAAAAAGCCGAGAAUUUAAGAGUCGACUGGACGACCUGGGGAGCCAAAUGGUUCCUUACGCCGAGGAGCUCGCGCGCAAGCUGGAGCGUGGCUUUGAAGAGUUCCAGGAGAAGGCCGCUCCUCUGGCGAGGAGCUUUCACAACCAGUUUACGGAGAAGGCCCGGGAAAUCCGAGAGAAGCUGGGCCCGUACGGGGAGGAGCUUCGGGCUAAGUUGGAGCGACUGGCAGCUCUCUGGGAGUCCUUCACAAAUACCACAAAGCAGUAAAAAUCAGCAAAAUGGACUUAAAAUGUGCAAUAUUCAUUUAUACCUCAUGUUUGACUGUCACACUAAUAAAUCAUGUCCAUGAACUUUCGCUGUCUGGGGUCUGUGCUGGAGUUGACGUAUUCUUUCCACGUCCAGCGCAUUCACACAUUCAUCUCAUUUUUAAGGUUAAAAAUGCAUUGUUUUGGUUUGGGACUCGUGUCAGCCAUAAAUUCAUUUGAUAAAUGAAUCUAUGAAGUUUUCAUUCAAUGGUUUGUUUUUGGCAGCCCUUUUAAUUUUUGUCUUGGUCUUUUGGAUAGAGACUGACUAAUGCAGGGGUCCCCAAACUUUUUCCUGUGAGGGCCACAUAACUUUUCCCUUCUCUGAUGAGGGGCCGGGGUCAGUUUGCAACGGAAAAGGUGUGACGAUUGCAGGAGUGCCUAAAUGUAAAAAUGUAUUGUUUUUCAGAAAGCCACAAUCAAAUAACCCUUUCUGGAUUCUUCACGGAACAAAAGUAAUUAAAAAAUAAUAGCAAUAUAAUACAACAUAAUAUAAUAUAUAGGGCUGUCAAAAUUAUCGCGUUAAUGGGCGGUAAUUAAUUUUUAAAAAUUAAUCAUGUUAAAAUAUUUGACGCAUUUAACGCACAUGCC